AGCGUGACGUGGGUCCGGGGGCACUGACGCGGUCGUUCGGCACCUCGGGCCCGGGACCCCAGUGAGCUGCUCUGACCUUUUCUCCGUGAGGGGCGGGAGGGGCGAUGGAUCGUUUUCGGGUUGGAGGGAGCACCCCUGUACCCUCCUAAGGCCAGGUCCGCCGCCUCCGCUGUCUGUCCUCCCACCCAGACUCACCUCAAUGCCCUCCUUCCGAUGGGAGCACCCCUCCCCCAGUUCUGAAAGAGAACCCAUCUCCCGGCUUGUUCUAGUGGCCUGAGGUGAUCUCCUGACCCCCACUUCUUGAGGAGGAAUCCGUGGAGUAGCAAGCCUAGGACUAAAGGAAACGAUGAAGCUCAUCAUCCUCGACGACUAUUCUCAGGCCAGUGAGUGGGCAGCCAAAUACAUCAGGAACCGCAUCAUCCAGUUUAACCCAGGGCCAGACAAGUACUUCACCCUGGGGCUCCCCACUGGGAGCACCCCACUUGGCUGCUACAAGAAGCUGAUUGAGUACUACAAGAACGGGGACCUGUCCUUUAAGUAUGUGAAGACCUUCAACAUGGACGAGUAUGUGGGCCUUCCUCGAGACCACCCAGAGAGUUACCACUCCUUCAUGUGGAACAACUUCUUCAAGCACAUUGACAUCCAUCCAGAAAACACCCAUAUUCUGGAUGGGAAUGCAGCCGACCUGAAGGUGGAGUGUGAUGCCUUUGAAGAGAAGAUCACAGCUGCAGGCGGGAUUGAGCUGUUUGUUGGAGGCAUUGGCCCCGAUGGACAUAUCGCCUUCAACGAACCGGGCUCCAGUCUGGUGUCCAGGACCCGUGUGAAGACACUGGCCAUGGACACCAUCCUGGCCAACGCCAGGUUCUUCGAUGGAGAUCUCACCAAGGUGCCCACCAUGGCCCUGACAGUGGGCGUGGGCACCAUCAUGGAUGCUAGAGAGGUGAUGAUCCUCAUCACAGGUGCACACAAAGCGUUUGCUCUGUACAAGGCCAUUGAGGAGGGGGUGAGCCACAUGUGGACCGUGUCUGCCUUCCAGCAGCAUCCCCGCACAGUGUUUGUGUGUGACGAGGAUGCCACCCUAGAGCUGAAAGUGAAGACUGUCAAGUAUUUCAAAGGUUUAAUGCUUGUUCAUAACAAGUUGGUGGAUCCCUUGUACAGUAUCAAGGAGAAGGAAACAGAGAAAAGCCAGUCUUCCAAGACACCAUACAGUGAUUAGCCUGUGCUACAUCUAGUAUCAAGUACUUCAUAGGCAUGGGCAGGUUCUUCUGGAAGUGGUCUUUAGGACAGAACUAUAGUUCUCCAAUCUAGUAUUAUUAUUCCAGAUAAGUGGGUGAACCUUUUGUUCUUGGCUAUGAGGCUUGGAGCCUAGUCCUACAGUUUGGCUACUGGGAGAAUGACUUGUUUAUAACCUACUCUGAUUCAGAAAAAAAUCUCUGAAAAAUGUACUCCAUCAUCUUGUUGUCUGCCACAUCUAGGUUAGAAGUUUCUAAGUUUUUAUUCUGUCUCUGACACUGUUCACGUGAACAACACACUUCCUUCAGAAACCUCUAUAAUUUCAUGCGCUGAUUCUCAAUUGAGAGGGAAUUAGGGGCUUGUGUAUGCUGGACAGAACCUCUUUGGAGAGUCUUGAGAACCUCUUGAGCAGGUCUGCCACCUUAUUUGAGAAUCACUGCCCUAGACUCUCUAAAAUAAGUAUAGGGAAACAGUUCCUCUGACCAGUAACAAGUGCCGUGGAAAGAAAAACUUGCUUCCUUCCUUCACAGAUUUUUUUGGCCCUGCUCUCAGAGCUGACCUUUUGUGAACUUGGAGGACUCCUUCGGGGAGGAUUUGAAGGGGGGGCAGGGGGGCUCUAAGGAGAGGGCUUUUGCUGAUGAACCCAGAGCCCCAGUGGGCCCAGCCACGUCAAACUCCUCUCCCUUGGGCAUCCUCUAGCACCAGGAGGAGGAAGGCGGAAACUCUUUUCCCACCAGAGCCCUGUGUUUUUGUUCGUAGGUCUCACAGUGGCUCUUCUCUUCAACUGUACACUCAUUAAAAGGUAGGCAGUCCACUGGGGCAACAGACACUGCCACGAUUUCAGUGUUGGUGUUCAGUCAAGGGGACAAGCGGCUCAGGUUUGAGUUUAGAUAUAAAACAUGAGAGACAUGCUCUCCUGCUCCCAUAAGAGCUGAGUGCCAAGACAAUAUACAAAAUGCUUCUAAAGCUGCCUAAUGUUCUUUCCCCAACUGAGAGUACUCUGUCUUUCUAAGAAGCCCUCUCAGGAUUAUGUGGCGUGGCCUGUUUGCAGAGCAUCAAGAAGUACAACCCCUUUGUCCAUUUGUCCUUCACCCCUUGUUCAUAAGAUGAGUCUGUUGCUCUGCCUUCCUUUUACUCUCUGAAGCCUUCAUGGAGUGGAUGCUGCCUUUUCCUGCCUGUCUUGAUGCCUAUUUGCAGCUGCUGUUGCCCUAUUUUGAGAAAAUACCCUGGCUCAGGCCACUUCUCUUGUGCGUGUUUGGUACCAGUUCAGUUCUGUCUGAAGCUUUUAUAUAUGAUUGUAGCUGUCAUUCUGUCUUAAACUAAUGGUUCAAAGAACUUGUUUACAAUGUGAUAUUUUCUAUUAAAUCCAAUAUUUUCAAAUAAAAUGUGUCAUUUAUGGCCUUCU